AUGUUACUGUGGGAAUCUGCUCCCUGGGCUCCUCUCCUCUCUCCUGUGAGACUGUGGGCGGCCCUGCUGCUCCUGGGAACAGCAGGCAGUCGAGCUGUGUUCCAGGGACAACCAAUGACCCUGCAGUAUGAGGGGGAAUCACCUCCUGGGAGUGUCAGCAACCAGGACAAGGAGGUCUUCAGGACACCAAACUUCAGCUCUCAUGUCAGCCAGACCUCUGGGACAGAAUCAGAGGGAUACUCCUACGAGACCUUCAAGGGCUAUACUUUCAGCAACCCCUUACACUUGAUCGUAUCAUACGAUUGGUUGAUACUGCAGGGCCCUGCUCAGCCUGUGUUCGAGGGUGACUCUCUGAUCCUUCACUGCCUGGCAUGGGGAGAUUGGCCUCUGUCCCAGGUCACUUUCUACCGAGAUGGCUCAGCUUUGAGCCCCCCGGGACCUGACACAGUGUUCUCUAUCAGCAUGGUUCAUACAGUGGACAGCGGGCACUACUACUGCAGUGGCAUCUUCAAGAGGCCUGGCCCUGGAGCCAAGAAGGCAACUGCUGUGUUCUUUAGAGUACAAGAGCUGUUUCCACCUCCAACAAUGACUGCAACCCCUUCCACUAAACCCCAGGAGGGAAGCCAGAUGACCCUGAGCUGUGAGACAAAGCUGAACCCCCAGAGAUCAGGCUCCCUGCUUCAGUUCUCUUUCUACAAGGACGGCAGGAUGGUUCGGGCCAAAGGCAGUUCCCCACAAUACAGGAUCCCAACAGUGCAGCUGGGAGACUCUGGAUCAUAUGGGUGUGAAGCCGCCACAGAGCAUGGUCAUAUCCGGAAACAGAGUCUCAGGCUUGAGAUUCAGGUGCAGAAUUCUACCUCAAGAAGCCCUCUCAGAUCAACAGCUCCAUCUCCUUCAGAUCCAGCUCCUGAAAAACCAGCAGCUCCAAAACCAGCUCCUCCAGAUCCUCGAAGACCUUCUCAAUCUGGCCCCCCUUCUUCAGGGAGUCAGCCUUCUGAGGCUCCAUGCUCCAAACCGCCCCUAAUGAUGCAAGAUCCCCACCUGAACUACCAGAUGCAAAUCCUGCUCAGUCACAUGGAGAAUGUGAGAACCCUACUGGGCCAUCUGGUUCUAGAACUCAGGGAUCUCUCUGGCCGUCUUGAGUCCAGGGCUUCAGGAGCAGCCAAAGGGCCAGCCCCCAAGGCCCAUGGAGCUCCAGGAACUUCUAGGGGUCCACAGAGGGAAUGA